AUGCACAGACGUGACAGACGAUUAGGACUGGCCAGGAUGAACCCUUUGGAGUUGACUUUGGUCGAAUUGAAUGGUGCUGAUGAUUUCCACUUGGCUAUAAAAAACAUCAAAGUUUAUGGACUGGAAACGGUUGAAGUGGCAAAAUUUGAUGUGAAUUUUGAACGUCAGAAGGCUCACGUGAUUAGCAGAGCAUCUCCCGUGGUGAUACUGGGCGAUUACAAGAUGAAUGGUCACCUCAUGAUAUUCCCAUUGAAUGGUCAUGGUCUCGUAAACAUAACACUUGUUGAAGGACUGUACGAUUAUGAAUUGGAAUGGACUAUGGAGAACAGAAAUGGAGCAGAAUACGCCAAAAUCAUAAAAUCAUCGUAUGAUUACCAGCUAGGCAAUAUGAUCUACAAUUUCACGAACUUGAUGAAUGGUGACGAAAGACUAAGUCUGGAAUUGAACAAAGUACUCAAUGACAAUUGGAGGGUGGUGAAUGAAGAAUUGAAAAAUUCUAUCCAAAAGACACUGUUAACCAUACACGACAAUUUGUUCAGUAUGAUUUUUUCUCACAUACCGUUCAGAGAACUAUUUUUGGACUGAUCAAAAAUCCAUCAACAAGAAAAUGAUUUAUA